AUGUACAGCGACCAUGAAGCUAUUGAAAAGAUUUUAAACAACCCAAACGCUACAGUACCACUUCGCAUUGAGCGAAAAAAUAAUAUAUCUGAUUAUUCUAGUCGACACCCUGUAGACCCUUGUAAGGACGAAGGGCUAGAAAAAUAUGUCAAUUUUACAGCUGAAUACGCAUGUCCUAAAGCCCGUUCACUACUGGAUAUUCAAAGAGAAACUAAAGCCAAUUCUAUUCUACAAAUACUUACAGAGUUAAUUAUUACUAAUACCUGGCAUAAACUAUUACAUCCGAAUUGUCCGCCAGAACUAAAAAAAUUUCAAAAAGACUUACUUGCUUACCGUAAUAUACGCCAAGAACUUACAAUAAAUCAGACUUCAGAUCUUAUUCUAAAAGCAAAUCAAAUUUUACUUCCACAUUCUCUGGAAAUUACGGUUAUACAGCUUGCUCAUAAUAGUCACAUGGGACUUGAGAAAACCAAAUCAUUACUUAGAGAAAAAGUUUACUUUCCUGGUCUAGACACUAAAGUAGAAGAAUAUAUAAAACGAUGUGCAAUUUGUCAAGCCCUUGGUAAACAAAAUGCACCAGCCGAACUAUUAAUCACACCAACACCAGAGAAAGAUUGGGACACCGUUAAUAUAGAUUACCUUGGCCCUUUACCUAAUGGAUUUUAUUUGGUAGUCCUUAUAGACCAAACAUCAAAAUUUCCGGUUGUCGGUAUUAUACAUAAUACAUCUGCUGACCUCCUUAUUGAUUUUCUACAGAAAACGAUUGCAGUAUAUGGAAUAUCGAAAACGAUUGUCAGCGAUAAUGGACCACCUUUUACUUCAUUCAAAAUAAAGAUGUUUUUGAACAAACUGAAUGUUCAACAUAAACGAAUCACCCCGCUUUGGCCGCCAGCAAACUCAUAA